AUGGGCAGCAGCACCUCUGAAGAGAAACGUUGCCUGGUGUAUCCAACGUGUUGGGUGUUGGUCUUGCUCACAGUUUCGCUAGUUGUCAAUGUUGUGUUGGCUGCUGUUGGUUAUGUAUGGAUUAGAGGGUUGCGGAACGACUAUGUUGUUAUGCAAAAUGAUAUGACGGAUAUGCAAAGGCAUCUGUCAGCUGCAAGUGAGAUGAAUCAUCAGAUAAAUGACAUGUUGUCUGCAAAUGCAGCAGAUAGAGAGAAGAGGUCAGGAUUGUCUUCCACUUCGUCAUCUCGAUUAGCAGUCGAUGUUGGGUCAGUGUUUGUAUCGACAAUCAAAAGCAUGUGCAAACCAGAGGGAGCCGUUUGCAUUCCGGGAGCAAAAGGAGAAGCUGGACAAUCGGGAAGAGAUGGAAUUGGAUUGCCAGGAAGGGAUGGGAGGCCCGGCAGAGAUGGAGAACCUGGUGACGAUGGUUUGCCAGGUAGAGACGGUUUGCCUGGUGCUACUGGCAGAGAUGGUUCUGUGGGUUUACGUGGUCCACCUGGUAAGCCUGGAGCUAAGGGAAUGGGAUUACCUGGAAAGCAAGGUCCAAUAGGGAUACCUGGUGGGAAGGGAGAGAGAGGAGGUAGAGGGGAGAAGGGAGUGAAAGGAGACAUUGGAGGGCAAGGGAUACAAGGGGUUAAAGGAAUUCAGGGAGACAAGGGGGAGCGAGGGGAAAGGGGUGAACGAGGACAUACUGGUUAUAAGGGAGAAAGAGGUGAAAAGGGAACAACUGGAGAGAAACAAAUGAAAGGAGAGAAAGGAGAGAAAGGAGAGAAGAGACCACUGGAAUUAAAAUUACCGAGUCAAUGUUAUAAGACUAACUAUUUUGUCCUCAAUGAAACUUGGAGAAAAGCUUCAACACCUUAUAAGAAUCACGGUUAUCACUGCGAUCAUGAAGAUCGUAAUGGAUUUAAACCAGGAUGGCAUGUAUUUGAUGCUAGUAUUGGCACACAAAUACCUGACAAAUGUGUACCACAAGAACGUUGUGGAACAGCCGCAACAGGAUGGCUGAAAGGAUCUCACCCAACUAUUGUUGGACAGACCAGGAAUGAGACCGUUUGUUUUAACUGGAGAAGGAACUGCUGUAAAUGGAAUGUGACUGUUAGUAUCACUAAUUGUGGCCGCGUUGUAACGGAUAUGUGGGCUCAUUUGGACUGCCGUCUGAUUGGCAGGCAGUCUGAAUCAGUUGAGAUUGCACGCUUUUUGAUGAUCAUGGGCAGCAGCACGUCUGAAGAGAAACGUUGCCUGGUGUAUCCAACGUGUUGGGUGUUGGUCUUGCUAACAGCUUCGCUAGUUGUCAAUGUUGUGUUGGCUGCUGUUGGUUAUGUAGUGAUUAGAGAGCUGCAGAACGACUAUGUUGUUAUGCAAAAUGAUAUGACAGAUAUGCAAAGGCAUCUGUCAGCUGCAAGUGAGAUGAAUCAUCAGAUAAUUGGCAUGUUGUCUGCAAAUGCAGCAGAUAGAGAGAAGAGGUCAGGAUUGUCUUCCACUUCGUCAUCUCGAUUAGCAGUCGAUGUUGGGUCAGUGUUUGUAUUGGCAAUCAAAAGCAUGUGCAAACCAGAGGGAGCUGUUUGCAUUCCGGGAGCAAAAGGAGAAGCUGGACAAUCAGGAAGAGAUGGAAUUGGAUUGCCAGGAAGGGAUGGGAAGCCUGGCAGAGAUGGAGAACCUGGUGACGACGGUUUGCCGGGUAGAGACGGUUUGCCUGGUGCUACUGGCAGAGAUGGUUCUGUGGGUUUACGUGGUCCACCUGGUAAGCCUGGAGCUAAGGGAAUGGGAUUACCUGGAAAGCAAGGUCCAAUAGGGAUACCUGGUGGGAAGGGAGAGAGAGGAGGUAGAGGGGAGAAGGGAGUGAAAGGAGACAUUGGAGGGCAAGGAAUACAAGGGGUUAAAGGAAUUCAGGGAGACAAGGGAGAGCGAGGGGAAAGGGGUGAACGAGGACAUACUGGUUAUAAGGGAGAAAGAGGUGAAAAGGGAACAACUGGAGAGAAACAAAUGAAAGGAGAGAAAGGAGAGAAAGGAGAGAAGAGACCACUGGAAUUAAAAUUACCGAGUCAAUGUUAUAAGACUAACUAUCGUGUCCUCAAUGAAACUUGGAGGAAAGCUUCAACACCUUAUAAGAAUCACGGUUAUCACUGCGAUCAUGAAGAUCGUAAUGGAUUUAAACCAGGAUGGCAUGUAUUUGAUGCUAGUAUUGGCACACAAAUACCUGACAAAUGUGUACCACAAGAACGUUGUGGAACAGCCGCAACAGGAUGGCUGAAAGGAUCUCACCCAACUAUUGUUGGACAGACCAGGAAUGAGACCGUUUGUUUUAACUGGAGAAGGAACUGCUGUAAAUGGAAUGUGACUGUUAGUAUCACUAAUUGUGGGCAAUUUUAUGCGUACAACCUGCCUAACGUACCAUAUGACUGUUCUUUAGUUUACUGCACUAUGGGAGAUGCAUUGGCACAAGCAGAGCUACGUGGUACAACACUGUCCCGGUCUGUAUCCGCGCAUUCUAACGAUAUGGCGGGCAACUGUCGGUCUGAAGAGAAACGUUGGGCUGCAAACCCAACAUGUUGCCUGCUUGCAGCUUCACUAGUUGCCAAUGUUGUGUUGGUUGCAAUUUGCUGCGUUGCAAUAAGAAAUCUGCAGACUGAAAUGUCAAAUGUGCAGGAGCAUCUGUCAGCAGCAAGUGAGAUGAACUAUGAGAUGGGUGAGGUGUCAUGGUAUCUAGCAGACAGAGAGAAGAGAUCAGAUGACGGGUCAUCAUCUCAAGUGGCAGUUGACGUUGGAUUAGCGUUUCUAUCAGCAAUAAAGAGCGUUUGCAAACCAGAAGGAGCUGUCUGCAAAGAGGGAAAGAAAGGAGAACCUGGAAUAGCAGGAAGAGAUGGCUUGCCAGGAAGAGAUGGCUUGCCGGGAAGAAAUGGCGUGUCUGGAAGUAAUGGACUGCCAGGAAUGAGUGGGUUAUCAGGAAGAAAUGGAAACCCUGGCAAAGAUGGAGAACCUGGUCCGCCAGGUGAAGACGGUAUGCCAGGUAGAGAUGGUUUGCCAGGUGGUACUGGCAGGAAUGGCAGUCGUGGUCCACCUGGUAAGGCUGGAGCUAAUGGAACAGGAUUGCGUGGAAAGCGAGGUCCAAUAGGGAGACCUGGUGGGAAGGGAGCUAAAGGAGAGAGAGGGAAGAAGGGAAUGAAAGGAGAGAUUGGAUGGCAAGGGAUACAAGGGGUUAAAGGAAUUCAAGGGGUUAAAGGAAUUCAAGGGGUUAAAGGAAUUCAAGGGGUUAAAGGAAUUCAGGGAGAAAAGGGAGAACGAGGGGAUAAAGGUGAACGAGGAUCUACUGGUUUUAAGGGAGAGAAAGGGGAAAGGGGGAUGACUGGAGAAAAAGGAAUGAGAGGGGAGAAAGGCGAUAAAGGGAUACGAGGAGAGAAAGGAGAGCCGAAAGGACCGGAAAUACAAUUACCGAGUCAGUGUGAUCAGGCAAAUCAUCGAGUGUUAAGUGAUACUUGGAGGAAAGUCUCAUCACAUGGUCGUGAGUUUGAUUAUCAUUGUGAUACGUGGGGACGUAAAGGUUAUCAACCAGGAUGGCACAUAUUCGCUGCUAGCAUCGGGGGACAGAUGCCCGAGACGUGCCCACCAACACUCCACUGUGGAACGAUUGCACCCGGAUGGCUGAACGGGACUCACCCAAUGUUAAUUGGACAGACCAGGAAAGAAACAGUUUGCUUUCAUCAUUACGACAGCUGCUGUUACUGGCAUGUGACUGUUGAUAUCACCAACUGUAAAACAUUUUAUGUAUACAAGCUACCCAAUCCGCCCGAGUGUUCUUUAGCUUACUGCAGCAGCGGGUGAUAUCAAAUGCAGUUAAUUAAUAUCAAAUACAAUUAUGUAUAGAAGGCUUCAAGCUUUGAUGGUUAGCGAAUACGUUUGAUAUAGCAGUGGAUCUAGAGGGGAGCA